ACAGGCCAGUAUAGGCCUGACUGAUAAGCAGAUGGUGAAAGCCGGUGCCGCCAUCUUGUUCUAAUGUGGUAAAUGCACAAUAAUGCAGUCGUAGCGAGAUUUUCGUUACGUCCUGUCUACUUUAAUAUACAUUCAUCAGUUCUUAUUUUUAAAUAACUGUUCAGUGUUUUGUGAAAAUCAUAGAAACUUUUGUGCGAUACUGUAUAGUGAAAUAAAUCUCAGAGACAGAAGCCAACGUUAUGCCGAAGGCUCGAUUAAUAACCCGAUCAGUGACAAUGGUUCGCCCACCAGAUAUGACGUUAAAUUUGGAAUGUGUAGAAGAGCCAUUGAGCGAUGCUCAAUUAAGUUUUCGUUCAAAAUAUAAAGAAAAUUUUGAUUCGGUUUCUAAAACCUUAGAAGAAUUAGUAAAAGAACGCGGUGGUAAACUUAUUCAUCAAGCAGGUGUUGUUUCUGGAUACGAAUAUAAAUUACCGAGUAGUGCUCCUAUUCCAACAACAGUUACAACUAAUGCACAAGCUCAAGUACUCAGUGUUAAUCAUGCAAUACAAAAUAAGGCUCAACCGAUAAAAUUAAGUAUGAUAAGCAAUGCGGCAGCUGGUCAAGGAAAUUUACAAUUAGUGAUGGAUCCUCGAAUGGGAGUAAUAUUGGGAACAGUUGCUACUCAACCAGGUACAACAACAGCUACAUCUAUAUCGACUAGUAAUCCGCAACUACAAUCUGAAAAUUACAAAACUGUUCCAUUAAGAACUACCAUGCGUCCAAGAACAAAAGUUAUUCCAAUUUCACAACCUGAUAUCAUUGAAGAGCAACCAGUCCAAACUCAAACAAGAAAUCGAUCACGUCCAACGCCUGCGACUCAUGCUGCGCCAGUUACAACCAAUGCACCAAGUACUCAAAAUGUUAGAGUCAAAACCGUUGCUAAACAAUUAUCAACGCCCGUUGCACAACAUCCAGCAAGACCUACUGAAGACACAAGUAUUGGUGGAAUUGCAGUUAACAGCAAAAAUGCUGUUGGCGAUCAUAUUGAAGAAUCAAAGAAACAUUUACCUGACGGUAGAGAAAUAACGUUUAAUAAAAUAAAUGGAGGACGUACUUUUCCAUCGUUGGUCGUUGUUGCGAGACCAAAUCUUUGUACGAAAACUGUGACACCACAAGUUGCACAAAAAGAAAGAGGCGAAUUAGAUUUACAAGUUAAAAGUGUAUUGAUGUUAUCGGCAACAAAAUUCGCCGAAUGGUUGAUUCAACAAGGUUUAGUGAGAUCGGAACAAUAUUGUACGCAGCAUAGUACAAAUUAUCAAAAAGUGAAACUAAAACUUGGAAUGUACAGUGAUACUGGCACUUUUCCUUAUUCUGGAGGAUACGUUUGGGUUUCGAGUUGUUGUCCAGAUCGUUUUGUCUCUGUUUUUUCCGGUUCAAUAUUUCAAGGUGCACCACAUCAACCGACAAUUCUUUUAAAAUUAAUCUAUCAUUGGGCUUGUCAAACGAACAUUCAAAAUGUCGUUUCUUGGGUAAAAGUGGGCAAUGUUUAUGUGAAAAAUUUCUACACAACUCUUCGUAGUAUUUGUACGGCUGCAGUUUGGGACAAAUGUACAAUAAUGGGUGGAAAAAAUUCAAUGAUUCAAGUUGGUGUCAUUAGUCUUGGCACUACAUCUCAAGAUGGAAAUUUACGUCAGGUAAAAGUUGAAGUCUUGGGUGUAUUGAAUCCAGAAACAUCGGAAUUAAGAUUAAGAGCCUGUGAACCUGUGAUUGAAGGUGAAAGAUCAUAUAAACGUCGAUUUAAUAAUAUUCUAAAUCCAUUGAAGGAUUGGGUUCAUAAGGAUUCAACUAUUUUGACUGAUUUCACUGUUGAUAAAAGUACACUUCAAGAAAUGGGUUUCACUAAUGUUACACAAUCGGCAUUUAGCGAACAAACACCACGAAAUACAACGAGCAAUUAUCAUAUUAUGGAAUAUUUGCGAAAAAUUGUACCGAGAAUGUUUCAAAAUACACUUAGUUUACUGAGUAGACAAAUGAUUCAACAAUUUCUUGAUGAAUUGGUUUGGAGGGAAAUAUUUGGUGCAACCGCUGCAAAAGGUUUUGAAAAUAUUAUUCGUCAUAUUGCUGAACAAACAAGAUUGGACACAACUGAGGGUCUUUUAGAUCGAUUGACAAAAAUCUCGGCUAAUCCAUUUAAUGAUUGGUCCUAUUCUAAUGCAAAUCCACCGCCACUUGCUCCUAUGGUGACAAUUCCAAAGGAACCAAACUCUGAUACACAUUCAAAGCAAAAUGAAAAAUAUACAAAUCAAACUAAUAAGAGAAAUAGAAAGAGGGCAUGGCAAACAAGAAGUCCUGAACCAGAGAGUAAACGUCGUACACCUGAUUUUUCAGCGUUUGAUAAGGAAAAUAAAAUUGGAGAAAAAGUACAACUUCAGGAAUUUUAUUAUGCGACAAUGGAUGGAAACAAAGCUCACUCGCCAAAAGAGCAUAAGAACGCAUUUUUAUUCAAGUGUUUCUUGUGUAACGCAACAAUGAGAAGUAACAGCGAAGUUAUGGAACAUAUGAUAAGUCAUGUUCCACGUCAAGUUCCUGGUCAAUCAGAUUCACCAGUUUGUAGAUAUUGCUGCAGUGCUUUCUCUUCUCAACACCAGAUUGCUAUUCACGUCACCGAAACACAUAGUAAUUUUGGUCACUCGGAUAGCGAUAUGGUUGUUUGCGCAAUAUGCGAGCAUAAAUUCGGAAAUAGUUCUUUGCUGAUCAAUCAUUUAUCAUUGACGCAUUAUCCAUCGGAAAUGCCUUAUCGUUGUGAAACUUGCGGAUAUCGUACGUCCAGUCAUAAAGAUGUUAUUGAUCAUUACUACAAAGUUCAUGAAAAUGGCGAAGGUUUACAAUGUCCUUACUGUUUGAAGGUGAUACAAUUUGUAUCUGAGGGAGUUGUAAACACGCCAAGCAUUCAUGGAUAUCUUUUACAUAUGCAAAGGCAUAUUGUGAGACGAGAAGAGGGUAGAGGCAACAAAUGUACAAGGUGUUGUCUUUGGUUUAAUCAAAGAAGUUCCUUGAAAAAUCAUCAAAUCGAACUACACGAUUAUGUAUCAGGUCCAAAGGUCAUACCUUAUAAAGGCAGUUCUAAUGGAACAAUGAUUACACGUCAAAGACCUCAGGUUAAACGAUUUGAAAAGAUUAAUUUCAAUUCAGAAGCUUCUAAAGAUGUGAAAAAAUGGAAUACCGGUCCAGUUAGAGUUAAUCUUCCCAGCAAUAGUUUCCCAUGUCAGGAAUGUGAGGAAGAUAUUGAUGAAAUAGAUCAUUAUCCAGGAGAACAAAGAUGUCAACAAUGUCGAUAUGUCACAUGUUGUUGGCGAGCGUUUAAGGAACAUCAACAACAAAUUCAUAAUGAGAGACCGAAAACAACUCUCGUUGUUCCAUCUCCAAUGAUCAGUAUACCACUUGAAAAGAAAAUGAAAUGUCCAUGUAAUUUUGCAACAAAUGAUGGAAACUUGCUUGCUGCUCACUUAGUGAAAUGCAAAAGAAUAUCCGCAUUUCCCGUUGAGAAUACAAGUCCCUCAGGUAUGUUAGACAGCUUGGGUCUUGUUCCAAAAAGUGCAUCAGAGGUACGCUAAAAAGUACUAAAUAGAUAAAUACUCCACAAAAAUCUCCAUGCGAAUUAAGUACAAAUCAAAGUGAAGAAAAAAAUGAAUUCGCAGUUAAAUUUGGUCGUGAAAAAAAAAUAUUAGUCUCAAUUUACUAACAAAAAAAGAAAAAAAGUACAUUGCUGCUUAUUCAUAUUCUUUAAUAAAUGUUUUAUUUUUUAUUAAUAUGGAGAAUAGAAUUAUAAUGUUCACAAGUACGUAAAAAAAAAAAACAAUCUCUAAAAAUACUACAUAAUAACUAGUCGAGAAAAUUGGUUUAAAUUUUGUACUUUUUGAAUUCGUAUUAUUAAUAUUUGCAAUAUUAUGUUUUCUUUUUCUUUCUAAAUUGUUGUUUUUUCCUUUUUCUUUUCUUUCUUUUUCUUUUUUGUACUCGUUUCUAUAAAUAAUUAAAUUGAGGUGAUUGUUUUAACAUAGUGUUUGUAUAUAUAUAUAUAGCACAUAUAUAUAUAUAUAUUAUAUAUGCAAAAGACGAUUCAUUGUAGAAUGAUAAAAGAAUGAUAAGAAUGAGGUUCUCAUUGUAAUGCUUUCAGUUUUGAGGAAAAAAAAACAAAAGUUAAGUAGAAUUGUAUUUGACAAGGAUAAUUUUUAGAAAAAAAAAAAAAAAUUAUAUAUAGAUCUUACCCGUGAAUGAAUGAAGUUUUUUUUUUUUUUGUUUGAAAGAUUUAAAAAGAGAAUGCAACAAUUAAAAAUAAGUUUUAUGUUAACAUUACAAUGUAAUGGUAUUCACUAUAAGCUUACGACUUUUUCGAUUACUUCUAUUAAUGUGUAAAUAAAUUUUGUCACUAUUGUGAAUCUAAAAACAUAGAAAU